AUGCAAAUCCGACCUCUCAUAUCAAACCGCGCCGGGCCGGCGUGCCUUGUUCUUAAACCCCGCUAUGCAUAUCAAGAAGGGGAACCUGCAUACAGGACACCCCAUUCCGAAGCCUCGGGUACUGAGCCGACUAAUUUGUCAUCAAGACCGGAUGGUCCUUUACGUGGCUCGGAUUCCUCCUUAACAAGCAUCAUUGCUGAAUUGCGCAUCGGCGGGAGGAGAUCUGUUCGUUUUGUCCACGAUGCUACCGGUGUCAACUUCACAUCUAGUGUUGUGGCAGAAUUGCUAGAAGAGUACGGCAACUACGAGAAAGCGCCCUUGUUGUUCUGGAGUGUAUUGGGCAUUGCGAGCAAAGACUCAAAGAAGUAUACAUCUGACUACCCCCGGUUGCAAAUUCUUAUAAGGCAAUUGGUAGCAGACAUCCUCCUCCUCGGUACUCGGUCCAUCUACCUUGUUCAAGCUCUACUUCUACUCUGUGUCUGGUCUUCUCCCCAUGAAGAUAUGAACAAGGAGCCAUUUUCGAUGUACGGAGCUGUCGCGAUCUCUAUGGCACGGUCUCUUGGUUUGCAUCGUCCAAAACAUCCAUUCCUUUUAUUUGCUGCAAAGGCAUCAGAGAUUGGAACCAUGGAAACUCGGACGGUAACCUGGCUGGCUUGCUUUAUCGUGGAUCAAUGGCAUACCGCAAGGUUUGGUGUGCCUAGUUCCAUCAGGAUCGACCACACAGUUCUUCACGCCCUGAAUGUUUCGAUGCCUUGGAUACCAACGAUUACAAUGAUUCAACUUCAUAUCGCUGUCGUCACCUCGAAGAUUUCGACUGCCCUGGGGGAAUGUGAGACCUCGGCCACCGGGCUUACGGCUGAUCCUCUUCCGCUUGUAAGGGUGUUUGAAACUGAGCUUUCCAUGAUACAAGAUAAGUACGCGUGCGAAUGGUCUCCUGCCGAGGAGGUGUCACUCCUUGACGCGCGGCUCAGCCUGUACUCUUAUGUUCUCGACCAGAAAAAGAACGAGCCACUGAGAACCUUUAACCAAGAAAAUGAAAUCAUCACCCAGAGCAGUAUCACGGCGAGACAGCUCCUGGUCGUGCUGACUACAUUUCCCGACGCACUGAUCAGAGGGACGUUCCAUGUGUUUCGCUCUGCGAGCUACGCAGUCUUCUUUCUCUUACGCAUUCUUGGGACGGCGCCCAGUGAUUUUUACGAUGAGGCGGGUAUCAGAAAUAUCAUCAGACAAAGUUUCACACUCAUGAGGGACAUGUCGCAGACCGCGAAUGACCGACGGAAUCACUGCAUGCGAGUCUGCCGAAUCAUCGAGAACAUGAUCGACUACGAAGACUGGAACAAAGAUACGCCGUAUUUAGGCAAAGCCGAAUCAUUCAUGGCUAACAAUUUUGUUGCAGAUGUUGCGGCCAGAGGCAUGAUCAAAGCAAACAUGCGGCAUGCGGCCGCACAAACUGAACGCGAUUACCGGGAAGCCGCGGCAGGAGGAGUUCCACCGGAGGCAGAGUCGAAUUUGGAUCUCGAUUUCUCGAUAUGGGACCCGAUGGAAUGGAAUAUGAAUUGGCAGGACACUGAUGACCUACUAUUUCUCAACGAGGAUAUAGAUGGAUCCUCGUGA